GCAGCUGCCCCCACAGCAUGCCGGUGGAAAUGCGCAUCGCAACCAUCGCACACCACCGCACACCUCGCUCUGUCGGCGCUGGCUGGCCGGUGGAACAAAAGGGCGCCCGCAGCCAGAUCGGCCGCGACCUCUUCACGCCUGCUAAUACUUCCACUCAGCGAACGACCUUCGAUUCUGUACGACGUCCGUUGACCGACGACUUGCACCUCCCUUCAACACACGAUCUGGUAUCUGAGUUGGGUUGAGCAAGUGAGCGAGCGAGCGAGUGGAAGAAACGAACAGACAGUGUAGAUCACCAUGUUCUCGUCGCUCUUAUCCGUUGCUGUUAUCGCCGUGUGGUUGGGAGGAUGGCUGCAGAGCGUGGGAGCGCACACGGUGCUCACGUAUCCCGGGUGGAGGGGAGACAAUCUGGUGACGAAUGAUACCUUUCCGUAUGGAAUGCAGUGGAUGUAUCCUUGCGGCGGCAUGCGCACAACCACAAACCGAACACUCUGGCCCACGACCGGCGGAGCAAUCGCCCUCCAACCAGGCUGGUUCCAAGGCCACGCCACCGCCUUCUUCUACAUGAAUAUGGGCUUCGGCACAGAUGGGCCCGACCACGGACCACCCAACAUGUCCUUCCCCAUGGUGCCCGUCUUCCAGAUCGUCGGCCCAUCAAAGAAUCCCUAUCCAGGAACAUUCUGUCUUCCUCAGGUGCCGCUGCCGAGUGGAAUACCGACGCCGAAUGUGGGCGACAACGCGACGAUUCAGGUGGUGGAGACGGCUAUACAUGGAGCUGCGUUGUAUUCUUGCGUAGACAUCACCUUCGCGGAUCCCAAAGACGUCGCCGAGGUAAACGAAACAAACUGCUUCAACAGCACUGACAUCUCAUUCAACAACGUCUACUCGAUCGCCAUUGGCGGCUCCACUUCAUCCGCAUCACAAACCCUCUCGAGAAUACCGUUAUUACCGGUGGCCCUGCUCGGAAUCGCGUGGAUGGUUCUGCUAUGA